GCUUCUGCCCUGAGUCUCCGAGGACGGAGGUGUUUCCCCGCCGAUGCUAUGGGUCCGGAGCAGGCCGCAGUGUGGUACCGGCGAAUGUCUGCGCUCUACGCCUUGGGCUCCUGGACUCUGCUGGGCUCCUUGUUUUUCUUAGGCCAGAAAAAGAGCACACUCCCAGGCAAUGAAGUAGAGCAGAAGGAAGGCUCAACAAUUGAAUUACCUGAGCCCCCGAGAGGGUUUUAUGUGGAGACGAUUGUCAUAUAUAAAGAAGAUUUUGUUCCAAUUACUGAGAAGAUUCACAACUAUUUGAAAUCAUGGACUGGUGGCCCUGGUGCAGAAUCAUGAUUGAUGGCUGAAUUCUGAACACCAGGGGUGUGGUUUAGUAUGUAAAUUUAAUAAAUGCUUUCUUUGGUUACCAUUUAUGGUUGUGAGAAGUGUAUACCUUUAAUUUUACUGUAAAAUAUAGUCAUUAAUAUUAUGCAAUAAAUAUUUCCUGAGAAAAAAACUAAACCUGUAUGUCAAGAGGUGUCCUUCUGUAUUUACAU